AUGACUGUUAACACGAGUUCAUCUUCUUCUACUGCCUUGGAGCAGAUCCUCUUCCUGGAAACGACUUCCUCCUUCCCACCAAAGCUCCCAUCGCAUAUCCUUCGGCACUUUCCAAACAAACUCGACCGUGCUCAAGCCGGGCACAUCCGCCAUUUCCACAAUCUUGCGACUCAGUUAGACGGAGAAUGGCACCACAUGGGCGGCGCCGAUCCCGGCCAGGAGUUCUUCGACGCCUACCGAUACCAGAUCGCAACGAUGACUUAUGCGGCCGGACUGGCGCAUUACCAUCGCCUUCCGGCCCUACGCUCUGUCUUCCGAAGCCUGUUUGAACAGCUCAUCCACAAGAUGAUGCGCCGGGACGUCUGGGGGUACUGGUAUUUGACCAGUCAGUCCGGGAAGUUCGUAGAUCCGGACAUCACAGAGUUGCGGAAGCCGUGGCCCGACCCCGUGUGCAGGGAAAAUAUCAUGUAUUCAGGCCACUUGCUGCUUAUGGUCAGCCUGUACGCGAUGCUCUUCGACGACGACAAGUAUGACGAGCCCGGCGCGCUCACGUUUGACUGGAACCCAAUUUUCUUCGGGAUGGGUCCGGAGAAGUUCCCAUAUAGCCGCACCACCCUGCAGCAGACAAUAGUAAAGGAGAUGGAGAAGACGGGCUGGAUGGGCGUGUGUUGCGAGCCGAACUGCGUAUUCAUAAUAUGCAACCAGUUUCCCAUCAUCGCGAUCAGGUACAACGACGUGCGGAAUGGCACAGACAUCGUGUCUGACGUGCUGGAGAAAUACCAAGCUGCGUGGAAGUCCAAGAAUGGUGGAUUCAUUGCCCCCGAUCCGUCAGGGGAAGAGAACUUCACCUUCUACUGGCAGAUCAAACAGGACUCCAUGAUCAACCUCGGUGGUAUAUCUGGCAAUGCAUGGGCUAGUGCGUUUAUGAAUUCUUGGAACUCCGAGUACGUCCACACAUGGUAUCCCAAGCUGGUAAAGGGCUUUCUCACGUGGCAUUCUGACGGGCGCGUCAACCUGAACAACAUACUCGUUGCCAGUGAGAUCCGAGCUUUGCUAAAGAACGGAGAAGAGGAGCUGGACGAGCGCAGCUCGACCGUUUCGCAGGAGACCUUCGCCAGAGCAGCCUCGAAAGUCCAGAAGGGCCUGGAAGGAGGGAAACUCCAGACGCCUAUGGGGCCAUCUAAUUCCUCUAUCACUUUCGGCCAUACGGUACAAUGGGUCUCUGAGGUGGCGCCGCUACCGGCAGAAGGUGAAAGGGAUGUUGUGACGGGCUUACUAAAGCAUGCAGACACCUACUUGGACCCAACUUGGGAGAAAGGUGGGCUCUUCUACCCUAGAAAAGAAGGGGGUUUGCAAGAUGACAAAGGCAACUGGGUUGCCAUGGAUGUCUAUACUGGCAACGCCGCCAUUGCGUACGGUCGUCUGAACGUCAGGGAUGGGCAGAGGAAGAUGUGGGAGAAGCCUUGGAUCAGGGACGGACAUCAUGCCACAUACCCCCAUGUCGAAGGAGUGGAACUGUCCAGUGGAGUGGACUUCCUUCGUGGUGAGUGGAACGAAGACGUGGGAGCAUUCAUUGUGACGAUGAGGACUUGGGAUGGUGGUAAAAGCAGAGUCGACUUGAAGAUCAAGAACCUCCCAGCUGGAAUCUACGGGCUGUACCAAUCAGAGCAACUUGUUCAGGUCAAGCAGGUGAAGGUCGGAGAGGUAUUUGACGUGAUUGAUGAAUCGGCUUUUCUGUACGAACCGGACUACAUCUGCGAAGAUGCCACACCUGAAUCGUGA